UUGCAAUUGUAUAUUUCAGAUAAAAUGUGCAAUAUCCCAAUGUCGCUUUUCACCAUGUGGUCAAUAUUUGGCGGCAAGCACCAUAGCCGGGCAGAUAGCGGUGUGGGAAGUACAGUCCGGUACUUGCACGGGCAUCAUCGAGCAUCCCACAUCACAUAAUGUUACAGCGAUAGCAUGGAACCCUAAAGGAAAUGGUGUGUUGGCGUAUUGCGAUGUGUCCGGGCAGCUGGGUGCACUGAUGAAUUGCUAUGGCAAGGACAGCAAGGCUGAUGCUGAUGCGCCUGACGAUGUUGAAAUGGUGGAGAGAGCUGAUGAUGGUAAUGACUUGGACAAUUUGAUCGAAAACUAUAACAGUGACGACGAUGACAACGCGAUAUCGCUAGAGAAGCUCAAGAAUGAAACGCUAGGGUUGGGGACAGUGAGAGACGAAGACGAGUCAAGACCCGUGUCGCGGCACGAGCCGGCGGCGACCACGGUGCCGCCGCAGGCGCCGUUCCAGCUUUCUGCGACCCCGGGACACCUUGAACAUAGGUACGAGAACUGUUAA